CUGUGCCGGCGUGGCGGAAAGGAUGAAGGCGAGGGGAGGAGGGAAGAUAAUUGUUCGCUUCAUGUAAAAGGUUGUCAGCACUGUGUUUAGCAUCGUCGAAAAUAUUUACUACGCGCCGGGAAAUGCGUGGCGACGUACGCGUGCCGCCGAAUCGGAUAGACGAAUCGUCCAACAGGUUUUUUUUUUUAUUUACGCACAUCACACACACACACACACACACACGCGCGCGCGCGCACACAAGUUCGCAGCGAGGCCGAAUACGGAGCGGUGCGAGGGAGGAAUUCGCAUAGAGCUUUGCUGUUAGUCGCCGUGUUCCGCAUGUCGCGCGUCUUUUGGUAAACAGAGGAAUCUUGCGACGGCGGCGGCGGCGGUGAUAAGGACGAAGACAGAAAGGCGAGGAUCGUGAGACGAGGGCGUGGAGUCGUCUUUCUCGAGCGAAUAUAAAUGGCACUGCUAUAUGGCAUGUGGGACUCAACGUUGCUCUUGAACACCCUAACCCCAAAAUUCUACGUCGCUCUUACCGGCACCUCAUCCCUCAUCUCCGGCUUGAUCCUCAUCUUCGAGUGGUGGUACUUUCGAAAGUACGGCACUUCGUUCAUCGAGCAGGUGUCUCUGAACCACAUCUCGCCCUGGAUCGGCGGCGGCGAUAACGCCAACGAUGGCAACAGUGCAAGCCUCAACGGAGGCUCCGGAGGCUCCUCGAGCCACCAAAACGUACCCGAAUGUAAAGUUUGGCGCAACCCAAUCAACCUUUUCAGGGGCGCUGAGUAUCAGAGAUUUUACUGGGCCACCAACAAGGAGCCCCUCACAUAUUAUGACAUGAAUCUGUCCGCACAGGAUCAUCAGACGUUCUUUACUUGUGAAGGCGACACAGGUAAAGCGGAAUACGAGAUUAUGCAAACAGCUUGGAGAGAGCGCAAUCCAGUAGUAAGAAUACAGGCUGCGCACAGCGCACUCGAUCGUAAUCCUGAUUGUGCACCAGCUUAUAUUCUUCUCGCAGAAGAAGAGGCCACUACUAUUGUCGAGGCGGAAAAGAUCCUGAAGCAAGCUUUAAAAGUUGCGGAGAAUAAUUAUAGAAAGUCGCAAAAUACUCAACAUCAGGGUUCCAUAGCUGAAGCGAUACAUAGAAGGGAUACAAACGUAUUGAUCUAUAUCAAGAGAAGACUAGCGAUGUGCGCGAGAAAAUUGGGAAAGCUUAAGGAAGCGGUGAAGAUGUUUCGUGAUCUUACAAAAGAGGUACCACCGAUCAUGAAUGUAUUGAACAUUCAUGAGAACCUGAUCGAGACUCUGCUGGAGAUGCAGGCGUACGCGGACGUUCAGGCCGUGUUGGCUAAAUACGACGAUAUCAGUCUACCGAAAUCGGCGACCAUCUGCUAUACGGCCGCGUUAUUAAAGGCACGAUUGGUGGCCGACAAAUUUUCACCUGAUAUCGCUAGCAAACGCGGUCUGACCACGGCCGAGAUGUCGGCAGUAGAGGCGAUUCAUCGAGCGGUGGAAUUUAAUCCUCACGUACCCAAAUAUCUCCUGGAAAUGAAGCCGCUCAUCCUCCCGCCAGAACACGUGCUGAAACGCGGUGACUCUGAGGCGAUCGCGUACGCAUUCUUCCACUUGGCACAUUGGAAGCAGAUAGAAGGUGCCCUGAAUUUACUUCAUUGCACUUGGGAGGGUACGUUUAGGAUGUUACCUUAUCCGCUUGAACGCGGCCACCUCUUCUAUCCAUAUCCAACGUGCACCGAAUGCGCCGAUCGUGAACUCUUGCCAUCGUUCCACGAUGUCAGCGUCUAUCCGAAGAAGGAGCUGCCCUUCUUCAUCCUCUUCACAGCUGGUCUGUGUUCGUUCACCGCACUCUUGGCUCUGCUAACUCAUCAGUAUCCGGACACGAUGGGCGUAGUCGCUCGCUCGAUGCUCGCAUGGUUUUCUCAUCCGUUUUACUAUCUCCUCGACAAGUUGGCUAUCUUGCCCUCUAACUUAUUGCAACAGCUCUCUAGAAUAUAAAGAUGUAUUUCCAUACGAUCUCCAUUAACUUAAGACUUAUUGUGAUACUCGCGAUGUACUUAUUGCUUUAUUUCUUUUAUCUCUGUAAGAGCCUCUACCAUGUAAAAGUUCCAAUUUGCAAUUUGGUCAUGACUGAUACCGUGAUAUCUUUUAGUGACUACUGUAUUUAUCUAUACUGUUAAGUUCAUUGAAACUACGAUGAUGAAUAUAUUAAUAAUAAUAAUAAAAAUUUUAAACAGUAA